CACGGUGGCGGAGGUUGAGAAUCGCGUGUUAGAGAGAGGGUAGAGAGGCGAGUAGAGGCGAUCGGCUCUCUCGGAUCAGCUGUGAGAGCGGCGUGGCGCCGUGUGCCGCGGCUCUGACCCGCUGUCAGUUGCCCGAGCCUUGUGCUACGGUUAGGACCGUGCAAUCGUCACCUUUUUUAACGAGCACGAGACGACGUAUCCGAGACGAACGGGCUUCGCGCGUCGGUCGACUAGUCUUCGCCUGGGAAAACCGCUCGUGUCCCAUUCGAACGAAUUGGCCGAACGAGAAGAGCAGAGUGAGCUCGCUUCACGAUCGAAGUUUCGUCGCAGUCCUCGGUGGAUUUGGUUCAGCGAUCGUCGACAACGAACGUCGAGGACAAUUCGAAUCGACCUGAUCCGCUCUCGAAGAAGGAAACGCGAUCGUGAUCGUCGACGAUCCACCGUUCGAAUUGAUUUCGAAAGAAUCGGAGAAUAAUAUAUCGCGAGUUUAUUUUCGAAAUUGCUUCUCGAUCGUUCAAAUCCUUCCGUUUCGAUCUUCGUGUCUAGACGAUAGAGAGGGAGGGGGGAGGAGGAGGGAGGAGAGAGAGAGGUCGAGUUCGAAUAUCGUGGUGGUUUUUGUGGUGGAUUAAAGUGGUUAAUUCGAGGUUAAUUCAGAGAGAAGAAGAAGAAAAAGAAGAAGAAAAAGAGGAAGGAGAAGGAGGAGAAGAAGAAGAAGAAGAAGAAGCCGCAUGCCUCGCUGACAAGUUCUCAGGAUGGUCUGGUAGAGGAGAAGGAGGCGGAGGAGAAGAGAGAGAGAGAGAGGAAGAGAGAAAGAGAGAGAGAGAGAGAGAGGUUCUGAUGGUUCGAUCGCGAGAAAUGGCGUGCGGAAUAUCGUUCGAAGCGACUGCCACGAGCACGGUACUUUUCCUGCUGGUACUGCUGAAGGCGGCACUGGUGUGGGACGAAGUACACGGGGCUCCAGCGAAGAGGAACGACAUACUCGCGGGCACGGAAUUCCUGUCCGUUUUCAUAAACGGCGCCAUGGCGACACCACCGCAGCGGCGCAGAGGUUUCAGACGCGGAGGACAGCCGGCCACGUCGGGAGACAGCGCGACAGCGGAAUCUCAUCAGCACGAGGCGUCGAUUUACCGAAUAUCGCGCAAUCCCGGGAACAGACAGGUGGUCCCAAGAGCGAGGAACACAAGCGGCCGUGAGGAGGUGGUUCGAUUCUAUCCCAUAAGUCACAAAACGUUGGAGAACAGGCAGCAGAAUCUGGCGUCGUUGAUCGACGAGUUGACCACCACCGGCGACAUAUCCUCGACGAGGCUUGCUCCCCAGAGUUCGAUCAGCGCGACGACGACAGCCACGUCGACAGCCACCGCGCGAGAGAGAUCGAGGACGAACGCGACGACGGCGAGCGUCAACUCGACCAACAAAGGAGUCGUAGGUCGACAAAAGGUUAUAGGCGUCAGCGUGACGUCCACCGUCGAGGCGACGCCGUACAAGGUCAGGGUGGAACAUUACGACAAUACGGACUCGACGGUCGUCUCGCGGCCUCCGAGCUCCAUCUCAAUCUCGUCGAAAGACGUUUCGAAGGAGACGAGGAAUGGCACGACGAGGGCUUCCACGACCACGAGGACCACGACCGCGAGAACAACGUCGACCACGAUCAGCGCGACAACCACGACCACUGUCCUUUCCACCAGGACGACCACGACUACCACGACCACGAUCACGCCAUCGUCCUCCAGCUUCGUCACGGAGGAUCUUAGCAACAUCGUAUCCGAGUCGAACAGGAGCGAGUUUUCCGUGGACGAGGGUUCGCCGAGCACCAGUUGGCGAUCAGCCAAUCAUCAGAGCUCGAUCACGCCUGGCCCGCUCGUCAAACACACCCCGUCGUUCGGCCAGCAUCGAAAGACGAACGGCACCACUGGAAGAAGCGCUUCCUCCGGGGACACGAUCACCCUGCCAACGGAGGACAACUACGAAUUACCCGAGGAGAGCGAGGAGCCUAAAGAGGCGAGCGAGGAGCCCGUAGAGGUGCAAUCGGAACGGUACCAGGCGGUGCAGGGGCGGAAGGCAGGCAGACACUUCGACGCUUCCCACUACAAUCGACCGAGCAACAAGAUGUACGGCCAAUCGUCGAAGGGCUACAACAAGUCACCGCGGCCGUACAGCGAGCCGGCCAAGUCCUACAGCGAGCCGGCCAAAGUGUACAGCGAGCCUGAGAAGGUGUACGGGGAGCCGGCCAAGGUGUACAGCGAGCCGGCCAAGGUUUACAGCGAGCCGGCCAAAGUGUACGGUGAGCCUGCCAAGGUGUACAGCGAGCCUGCCAAGAUCUACAGCGAGCCUGAAAAGGUGUAUUCCGAACCGUCGAAAGUCUACUCGGAGCCUGCCAAGGUAUACUCUGAACCCGCCAAGGUGUACUCUCAACCGGCCAAGGUGUACAGCGAGCCUAGCAAGCUCUACGAUUCCGAGGGCCACCCGUUGAACCGGCAGGGGGAACCCGACGAGCAGAAUUACGAGGUGGACGAGUCGGUGAGCGUGAGCAGCAAUGGGAACGUGCACGGGCCCCAGAUGAUGCUCACCGAGCCCUCGAACGCCUCCGAGGUGGAGGAUGGCCACAAAGUGGGCUACGUGGUCGAGGGUAGGAAUUACAGGAAGUACAGAGUCGAGGAGAGGACUCCGGAUGGCUUCAUCGUUGGGGAAUACGGGGUCGUGAGCCACGACGAUGGCUCGUUGAGGGGUGUCAGGUACACCGCGGAUGGUACCAUCAACCCUCGGUUAAUUUACGACGCGCUGAUGAAAUUUCUGGCCCUGUGAAAGGUGAAGAGGUGUGAAACAGAUGUGGACGGAAGUGUAGAACGAGGAGAGGUACGGAGUCGACGACGUGUCGCGUGGCUUUUGUCGAAAUCGACAAGACGACGAGACGGAGCGAUUAAUCGUGAUUUUAAUUGGAUCAGGAGUGAUUGUUCAAAUUCUAAGGUGAAAUUUCACGAGUAUGUAACGUGUGUCUACGGUUUAUUUGUGCAUUCAUCGUAUUCGAAGGCAAUAUUGCGUAAGACCGAGAAAUUCAAUGUCAUAGCUGAGCAAGGAUAAAACGAACGAUUAAACGAGCUUCACGAACAAGCGAACGAAAACUUGGACUCGUUAGGCGCGAACGGUUAUCUUUGGUCGGUCGUCACUCCGUCGUUUCUGAGGUCUAAGGAAAAGGUCACAGCGAUUCUCCGCUGACUUGGCUGAUCGAGUCUUUCGUCAAAGAGGUUGAAAUUAUAAAGAAAUACCAAUUUAAACAUUUAUUAUUCAUCGCUUGUUUAAAAUUAAAGUGUACAACGCGAUAAUGGACACUGAUUAUUAUCUUUCUUUCGAUAUGUAUAAAUCGGUAUAUUUAUUCUUAUUUCAAUUUCCCAACCUGUAAUAGUAUCCAAAAUUUAAAGGGAAAAAAAACAUAAAUACUCCACGAUGUGUACAUCAUCUAUCUCGUAGAGUUAAACUUCACGUAAAUAUUGAUAUGUACAAUAUUUAAAUACUUUACUUAAAUUGAAGAUUGGCAUAUCUAUAUUCUGCAAAUAUAUUAAUUAAUAUCUUCUCGUAAAAAACAACUUGUAUAUUUUAAUUAUUUGUUUAAAAACAUUGAAUCAUGUGAUACUUCGAUACAUAUUAUUCGAAAAUCAAUUUUAUCAAUGCCAUUACGUUAUAAAAAUAAUAAUUCAAUUCGCUGUCUCGUCCAAAGCGACGCGAUUAAGUCGACGGUAAACGAAAACGACUGAUUCUUUCGCUCUUGCCAACGCAACUGCCUCAACCGAUUAAUAUUUAAGAAUGGCUUUCCACCAGGAGAUCUCGCCGGUGUCUGGCCAUCUGGUGUCCACUCUUUUUUGACGGGAAGGAAAAGAUGCUCGCUGGACGAUUCGAUCGGGCGAAAUGCGUGGAAGGCUUUUUCGAAGCGAAACAAUUCUCGUUGCGAAACAAAAGUACGCUUCCCUUUCGAUGGCGAAAGCGAUACCUAACCUAACUUUUGUGCGCUCGCCUCCUCGAUGGCCUUUUGAGAAGCGGCAAUUUCUUUUCGUCUUCGUUCGUCUAGCGAUUCGAAAACUUCUCGAUCGUGGCGCCACGUAGUUGCGUAAAUUUUUGUGAUCGCGUUAACCGCGCAAGCGUGUUUUCUUUCUCUCGAGAUUUGUUAAAAUUAAGAAGGUGGUGGUAGUGGUGAUGGAGAUACGACGCACGGUGUUCGAUGAUUCAGUCGAUGAUUGGAUUGUUAUUGGUAAAGAUAUUUUUUUCUUUUCCUUUUUUCUCUUAAUUCCGAGAUAUUAACGCUAGAAUUAUGAAAUUCCAAAUCAAUUCGAGCUUCAGAUACUUUUUAUUUAAUUAUUAAAAAUGUAUUUAGAUAUAACUUGAUAAUUCUAGCGUUAAAAUAUUUGAAAACAAAAAUGUGGAGGAAAUCCUUUGUCACGAACAAAUUGUACAAUUUGUUAAGUAAAAAAUACGAUCGGUAUAUGGAAAAGAAUCGACUGAACGGUAUAUGUCGCGUGCUUUCGUCACUGCGACGCUUCUGUGAUGAAAAAGCUGAUCGAGAAGUCGCAGCUGCCCGGGCCUCCAUUUUGGAUUCACUCUUACCAAGUUAAUUUAACACCUUUAUCUCGAUCGCCUGAAACUCGAAGGCUCCGCAGCUGCGGCCAAAUUGCUGACUUGUCACGGCAGCGUCUCUCUGCGCACUUCUUUGUAGGAUUUAUGUAUCUAUUGUGCUAAGCUUUUUAAAGACGUUCCCGCGUCAUGGAAGUAUCUCACUCGUCGAGAGAGCCGUAUAAACGAUAACGUUAUUUUAUUAUUAGGGUUUUAAAUAGCUCAUUCUUCCUCAUUACCUCAAUCUUUGAGAUAGUUCCUUCUGCCAUUUAAAUAACGUGUAAUUCACCUUAAAUUAUAAACACGAUCUCGAACAGAAUUGUUACUUCGAACGAUCCGAAUAA